AUGAGAGGGGCCAGGGCGUCGGGUUCGGGGCCAAUUGUAGCUGGUCACAAAGUGUCCGGAAGGGUGGCCGGCAAGAGAAACUGCCGUCAGGGAACAACCGUCGGCGGUGGUGAGUUCCGAGAGGGUGGUGACUUGGAGGUAUUGGCGGCACCAGUUGAGCCACAGCAAGUCCUCUUGGCCGACCAAGGCAUCAAUGAAGAUGUCCAUCAAGAGACGAUCGUUGGCACAGUGGAGGCACAAGGGAG